UUUGCGGUCUAUCCGUGGCUCUCAGGAAGAGAGCAUAUCGCUUGAAUACAUGCCCUCUCACUUCUUUCACGAAGUGUCACUUGCUCUGUUUCGUUGCAGCGUCUCAAAAUCAAUAGAUAUCUGACGGAGCUAGGUCGCUAGAUGUAGCCUACGACUCGCGUCUGCCCACCAAGAGGGAUAAAACAAAAAAUAGAAAUUAAGGCUAAGGGAUUUACAUGGUUUUAAUAACUGAGCCUGUCUGGACGAAAUGGAAUGGGACUAACCUGUUAUGGCAGCAAAUCGGAAAGAUUCCAUUGUGCUCACUAUAGAGGAAAGAUAUGAGUGAAUGAACACUUUCGCUGAACCUCUUCGGACAUGGAAGAGAUGGAUUCCAAACCGUACCAGCCACUGUCGAAGGCCCGCCAUGAGAUGGAAAUGGCCUACACCAGCUCGUCAGACGAGAGCGAGGACGGCCGCCGCAGGGCGAAGUCGUACACGUCCAGAGAAACGCUCCCGGACUAUGGCCAGGAACUCAGGCUGAACUACAACAGCCACAGCAAGAGGCAGACUACAUUCAGCGAAACAGCUCAAGAAAUUGACUUUGCCAAGACACAGCCCCAGAUGCUGGGCUCCAGCUACCAGGAGGAACUGUGCCCGGGCCCCCAGCUGGGCUACUCCCUGGGCAUGGGCUCGGACGUGGAGGAGGACGAGGUCGAGGGUGACCCCUCGCCCAGCCACGCUCUCCACCUCUGGAUGCAGGAAGUGAAGUCGGAGCAGAGCUCCUGCCUCUCCAGCCGUGCCAACUCCGUGCUGUCGCUGACCGACACCGAGCAGGAGCGCAAGUCCGACGCUGAGAACGACAACCCCAGCAGUCCAGCCACACAGUUCACCUUCCGCCCGUUGCCCCCCCCACCUCCGCCGCCCCACGCCUGCACCUGCGCCCGCCCUGCGCCCUACGCCCAUGUGACCCUGCAGCGCAGCACCAUGCCCGCCCAGAGCCACGCCAGGGACAGGGACGGCCAGGGCACAGAUGGCAUCGGGCAGAACGACAGCUCACAGGUCAACCGCAACAACUGGGUGCUCAACAGCAACAUUCCUCUGGAGACUAGGCACUUCCUGUUCAAGCACGGCUCGGGCUCCUCGACCCUGCUGAGUGCGGCCAAUCAGAACUACCCGCUGACCUCCAACACGGUGUACUCUCCGCCCCCGCGCCCCUUACCCAGAAGCACCUUCUCCAGACCGAUGUUCACGUUCAACAAGCCCUACAAGUGCUGCAACUGGAAGUGUACGGCCCUCAGCGCCUCGGCCAUCACAGUCACCCUCGCCCUGCUCCUCACCUACGUCAUCGCGGUGCACUUGUUCGGUCUGACCUGGCACCUGCGCCCUGCCGACCCGCAGCUGUAUGAGAACGGGGUGAGCAAACUGAACCGGCCGCCGGACACCAGCCUGGCCACCCUCCCCCCUCUUGAAGGCCUCGGCCCUGACAAGAGCCCCCGCGUGAAAGGAGAAAAGUUACAGCGUGGCCGUGCCAUAGACAGGGGCGAGGUGGACAUCGGUGCUCAGGUGAGCCAGGUAAUCCCACCCAGCCUCUUCUGGAGGUUCCACCUGACCGUCCACCACCCCACCUACGUCAAGUUCAACCUCUCCCUCUCACGUGAAGCCCUCCUAGGGGUGUACGGCAGAAGAAACCUCCCGCCCACCCACACCCAGUUUGACUUUGUGAAGCUGCUGGAUGGAAAGCACCUCCUGAAGGUGGAGCCGAAGGGCCCGGAGACCCCAGGGCCUGGACCGGGCAUGGGAUCAGGCCCUCGGAACCAGCCUCUGAGCGGACUGCAGGAGACGGGCUUCAUCGAGUACAUGGACCCCGGCACCUGGCACCUGGCUCUCUACAACGACGGCAAGAAGAUGGAGACCGUACUCAUCCUCAGCACCCCCAUCGACACCAUGGAUGGCUGCUCCACCAGCUGCAAUGGCAAUGGAGAGUGUGUGGCUGGUCACUGCCACUGCUUCCCUGGUUUCUUGGGACCGAACUGUGAGAAAGACACGUGCCCGGUGCUGUGCAGUGGUAACGGCGAGUACGAGAAGGGCCGGUGCGCGUGCCACGCCGGCUGGAAGGGCCCCGAGUGCAGCAUCCAGGAGGACCAGUGUGUGGACCCCACCUGCUCCAACCACGGCACGUGCGUGCAGGGCAUCUGCAUCUGUGUGCCCACCUACAAGGGCAACAACUGCGAAGAGGUGGACUGCCUGGACCCUCAGUGUGCUGGCCACGGUGUGUGUGUGCGUGGCGACUGCCUGUGCUCGCCGGGCUGGGGCGGGCUCAGCUGCGAGAGCCCUCUGCCCACCUGCCAGGAGCAGUGCUCAGGCCACGGCACCUACCUGCCUGACACCGGAACCUGCACCUGCCAACCCAACUGGACCGGCGCCGACUGUUACAUUGAGGUGUGCCCAGUGGCGUGUGGCAGCCAUGGCGUGUGCACGGAGGGCCAGUGCCAGUGUGAGGAGGGCUGGGAGGGGCUGGCGUGUGACCAGCGGGCGUGCCACCCGCGCUGCGAAGAGCACGGCCAGUGUCGCGAUGGCAAGUGCGAGUGCCACCCCGGCUGGGAGGGAGAGCACUGCACCAUAGCCCAUGACUUUGACGACGUCGUGAAGGACGGAUGCCCGGGGCUGUGUAAUGGGAACGGGCGCUGUACCCUCGAGCAGAGUGGUUGGCACUGCGUGUGCCAGACUGGCUGGAGUGGCCCGGGCUGUAACAUCAUCACGGAGAGGGAGUGCGACGACAACAUGGACAACGAUGGAGACGGCCUGCUGGACUGUGUGGACCCUGACUGCUGUGAGGCGAUGGUGUGCAGUGCGAGUCCUUUGUGCCAGGGCUCCCCCGAUCCCGGGGCUCUCUCCUGCAGCAGGGCCAGACCCCCCCUCGGCCCUCCGCCCCCCAGAACCUUCUUCCAGCGCGUCCACUUCCUCCUGGGCAAGACCGGCACACACACGCUACACGGAGACAUCCCAUUCGACAGGAGUCAAGUGGCUGUGGUUCGAGGACAGGUGGUGGCAGUGGAUGGGACGCCUCUGGUUGGCGUAAAUGUGACUUUCUUCCAGCACCCUGAAUAUGGCUACACCAUCAGUCGACAGGAUGGCAGUUUUGACCUUGUCACUGCCGGAGCCAUUUCAGUAACCCUGGUGUUCCAAAGGCCUCCGUUCCUCAUGCAGCGACGCACCGUCUGGUUGCCGUGGAACAGCUUCAUGGUGCUGGACAAGGUCGUCAUGGCGAGGACUGAGGUUGUGGCCCCGGUCUGUGACAUCACAAGCUUUGUGAGUCCGUACCCAGUGGUCCUGCCGUCACCCCUGACCAGGUACACGGGCGAGUGUGUUGCCCGGGGCCCAGUCAUCCCAGAACUACAGGCCGUCCAGGAGGAGAUUGUGAUCCCGGGCAGCUUUGUGAAGCUCAGCUACCUCAGCACGCGCACGGCGGGCUACCAGUCGCUGCUGCGGAUCAUCCUCACGCACGCCUCCAUGCCCGCCGGCCUCAGCAAGGUGCACGUGUCGGCCGCCAUCGAGGGCCGCCUCUACCAGAAGUGGUACCCGGCAGCGCCAGGCCUGGUCUACGUGCUCGCCUGGAACAAGACCGACAUCUACGGACAGGAGGUGUGGGGACUCACAGAGGCUAUUGUGUCCGUGGGCUAUGAGUAUGACUCAUGUCCAGACUUUAUUCUGUGGGAGCGGAGAACGGCCCUAAUCCAGGGAUUUGAGAUGAUGGGCUCCAAUCUGGGCGGAUGGUCCCUGGACAAACACCACGUCCUCAACCUCCAGAGUGGCAUCCUCCACAAAGGCAACGGCGAGAACCUCUUCAUCUCCCAGCAGCCCCCAGUCAUUACCACGGUGAUGGGCAACGGCUACUACCGCACCAUUCCAUGCAUGGGCUGCAGCGGGCCGGCGGUCCAAAGCAAGCUGUUCGCGCCCGUGGCGCUCGCCUGCGGCUCCGACGGGAGCGUCUACGUGGGCGACUUCAACUUUGUCCGCCGCAUUCUACCCAGUGGACACACCUACAACAUCCUGGAGCUCAAGAAUCGGGACACAAGGCACAGCACGAGUCCUGCUCACAAGUAUUACCUGGCCUUGGAUCCCGUGCACGAGACCCUCUACCUGUCCGACACCAGCAGUAGGAAAGUGUUCCGACUGAAGACCCUGAGCGAACCGCGGGACCCAGUACGGAACAUGGAGGUGGUGGCGGGCACCGGUGACCAGUGCCUCCCGUUCGACCAGAGCCACUGUGGAGAAGGAGGCAAGGCCACUGCAGCCUCCCUCAACAACCCCAGAGAGUUGGAUCCGCCGCUCAGUCUGAUCAAAAGAGCUGAGGAUUGGCUCUGCAGCUCCAGUGGAGUGAGACUAGAAUGGCCCACCGACCUGGCCGUCAACCCCAUGGACAACUCCCUCUACAUCCUGGACAACAACAUCGUUCUGCAGGUCUCGGAGAGCCUACAGGUGCGCAUCGUUGCCGGGCGACCCAUCCACUGCCAGGUGCCAGGCAUAGACCACUACCUGGUCAGCAAGUCGGCCGUCCACUCCACACUGGAGGCGGCCAAGGCCAUCGCUGUGUCGCAGUACGGCGUCCUGUACAUCGCCGAGACGGACGAGCGCAAGAUCAACCGUGUCCAGCAGGUCACCACGAAUGGCGAGAUCUCUGUCAUUGCUGGAGCGCCCGCUGACUGUGACUGCAAGAUCGACCCCAACUGCGAGUGCUUCUCAGGAGAUGGAGGCUAUGCCCGCGACGCCCGCCUGGAGGCCCCCUCCGCCCUCACAGUCUCGCCCAACGGCACGCUCUACAUCGCCGACCAGGGCAACAUCCGCAUCCGGGCGGUGAGCGCCAACCGCCCGCGUCCCACGCCCGCCGGCCUCUACGAGGUGCCCUCGCUGCCCGACCAGGAGCUGUACGUGUUCAGCUCCAACGGCACGCACCUGCACACGCGCCACCUCAUCACCGGCGACUUCCUGCACAACUUCACCUACGACUCGGCCGAGGGGCGCCUCAGCGCCGUGGUGGCCAGCAACGGUCAGGCCGUGCACGUGAGGCGGGAGGGAGGAGCAGGCGGAGGAGGAGGAGGUGGUGGCAGUGGUGGGAGUGGUGGUGGUGGAGCCCCCUUGUGGCUGGUGGUGCCCGGCGGCCAGGUGUUCUGGCUGAGCGUGAGCUUGGCGGGCGGCCGGGCGCUGAAGCGAGUGUCGGCACAGGGACACGACGUGGCGCACCUGUCGUACCACGGCGGCACGGGUCUCCUAGCAACCAAGAGCAACGAGAACGGCUGGACCACUGUCUACGAAUACAACAGUGAGGGCCACGUCAUCAACGUCACCUUCCCCACGGGGGAGGUCACCAGUUACCAUGGCAGCAUGGAGAAAUCCGUACGGGUGGAGGUGGACAGCUCCAACUCCGAGAACUUUGUCACCGCCACCAACUUCUCCGCCACCGACACCAUCUUCACCUUCCGCCAAGACCACGCUCAGAACAGCUACCGCGUGAGCGCGGACGGCUCGCUGCACGUGACGCUGGCCAGUGGCAUGGAGGUGUCCCUGAGCACGGAGCCACACAUGGCCGGCGGCCUGGUCAGCCCAGCCCUCAGCCGCUGCAACAUCUCACUGCCCAGCGAGCACAGCCCCAGCCUCAUCGAGUGGCGCCAGCGAAGAGACCAGGCCCGCGCCAACUACUCCACCUACGAGAGGAGACUCAGGGCCCAUAACCGAAACCUUCUCUCCAUCGACUUUGACCCGGCCACACGGAUGGGCAAGAUCUACGACGACCACCGCAAGUUCACUCUGCGCAUCUUGUACGAUCCCCAGGGCCGGCCGGUCCUGUGGUCACCUAGCAGCAAGUACAACGAGGUCAACGCCACCUACUCUGCCACGGGUCAGGUGACCCACAUCCACCGCGGCAACUGGUCCGAGAAGCUGGAGUACGACAACGGCAAGCUGGUGUCGCGCACGUGGGUCAACGGCAAGAUCUGGACAUACUCAUUUGUGGAGAAGUCCAUCAUGCUCCUCCUGCACAGCCAGCGACGCUACAUCUUCGAGUACGACCAGACGGACCGGCUGCUCUCAGUCACCAUGCCCAGCAUGGUGCGCCACAGCCUGCAGUCCAUGCUGUCGGUGGGCUGCUACCGCAACAUCUACAGUGCGCCGGACAGCCGCGCCUCCGUGAUGCAGGACUACGCCCAGGAUGGACGCCUGCUGCAGACGCUCUACCUGGGCACAGGCCGCCGGACGCUCUACCGCUACACCAAGCAGGCGCGCCUCUCCGAGAUCCUCUACGACACCACACUGGUCACCUUCACGCACAACGACUCGUCCGGCGUGGUGAAGACCGUCCACCUUACACACGAGGGAUUCAUCUGCACCAUCCGCUACAGACAGAUAGGUCCUCUUGUGGGACGGCAGAUCUUCAAAUUCAGCGAGGAGGGGCUGGUGAAUGCCCGCUUUGACUACAGCUACAACAACUUCCGCGUGACCAGCUUGCAGGCCACCAUCAAUGAGACGCCACUGCCCAUCGAUCUCUACCGCUACGUGGACGUGUCUGGCCGCGUGGAGCAGUUCGGCAAGUUCAGCGUCAUCCACUACGACCUCAACCAGGUGAUCACCACGCACGCCAUGAAGCACACCAAGAUCUUUAGCGCCUACGGGCAGGUGGUGGAGGUCCAGUACGAGAUCCUGAAGUCCAUCGCCUACUGGAUGACGGUCCAGUACGACGCCUGGGGCCGCGUCACAACCUGCGACAUCCGCGUGGGUGCCGACGGCAACAUCACGCGGCGCUCAUACGAGUACGACGCCGACAGCCAGCUGCAGACGGUGCUGGUGAACGAGCGGCCACAGUGGCGUUACAGCUACGACCUGAACGGCAACAUCAACCUGCUGAGCCAGGGCGCCAGUGCGCGCCUCACGCCCAUCCGCUACGACCUGCGCGACCGCGUGACGCGCCUGGGCGAGAUCCAGUACCGCGUGGACGAGGACGGCUUCCUGCGGGCGCGCGGCAACGACAUCUUCGACUACAACUCCAACGGCCUGCUCACGCGCGUCUACAACCGCGUGUCAGAGCGCAGCGUCCACUACCGCUACGACGGGCUGAGCCGCCGCGUGGCCAGCCGCUCGGGCGACGGCCAGCAUCACCUGCAGUUCUUCUACGCCGACCUGGCCGACCCGACGCGCGUCACGCACAUGUACAACCACACCAGCGCCCAGAUCACCUCGCUGUACUACGACCUGCAGGGACACAUCAUCGCCAUGGAGAUCAGCAGCAACGAGGAGUACUAUGUGGCGUGCGACAACACCGGCACGCCCCGGGCCAUCUUCAACAGCCGUGGUCGGGUGGUGAAAGAGGUCCUCUACACGCCCUACGGGGACAUCUACCAGGACUCCAACCCCUCCUUCCAGCUCAUCAUCGGCUUCCACGGAGGCCUGUUCGACCCGCAGACCAAGCUGGUGCACUUCGGCCGGCGGGACUACGACGUAGUGGCCGGCCGCUGGACCACGCCCAACUAUGACGUCUUUGGAGAGCUCAGCCGCAACCCCAAGCCCUUCAACCUCUACGCCUUCAAAAACAACUGUCCGGUCGGGAACAUCGAGGAAGUCACACAGUUCACAACAGAAAUUGGCAGUUGGCUGCAGCUCUUCGGUUUCCAGCUCCACAACGUGGUGCCCGGUUUCCCCAAGCCAGACGCGGCGGGCAUGGAGCAGACGUACGAACUGAUGAAGAUGCAAACCAAGACCCAGGACUGGGACUCCAGCAAGGUUGUCCUGGGCAUUCAGUGUGAGCUUCAGCGCCAGCUGCGUAACUUCAUCUCUCUGGACCGUCUCCCCAUGACGCCCCCUGUUGGCUCCCUUGAGCAGUGCGUCUCAUCCACCCCCUCGUCCGACGGACCCGGUGGCAGCCCGCGCUUCUCUGCCCUGCCGUCCAUCUUUGGCAAGGGUGUGCGCUUCGCCAUCCUGCGCGGCCUGGUGGCGGCCGAGAUUGUGGGCGUGGCCAGCGAGGACAGCCGUCGCGUGGCGACACUCCUGAAUGGCGCCAUGUACCUGUCGGGCCUGCGCUUCACCGUGGACGGCCGCGACACGCACCACUUCCUCAAGCCCGGUGCCGUCGAGGACGACCUGGCCACGCUUGGCGGCCUGAGUGGCGGGCGCGUGCUGGAGAACGGCGUCAACGUCACCGUCUCACAGAUGACCGCCGUGGUGGGCGGCCGCAGCCGCCGCUUCGCCGACAUCCAGCUGCGUCACGGCGCGCUGUGCCUGAGCGUACGCUACGGCGCUACGCCGGACGAGGCGCGGCAGCAGCUGCUGGAGGCGGCACGGGAGCGGGCGGUCGAGGAGGCCUGGGCACGUGAGCGGAGGCUGCUGCUGGCCGGCGAGGAGGGCAGCCGCGACUGGAGCGAGGCCGAGCGAGAGCAGCUGCGCAGCGUCGGGAGGGUGGCCGGUUACGACGGCUACUUCGUGCUGUCUGUGGAGCAGUACCUGGAGCUGGCCGACAGCACCAACAACAUUCGCUUCAUGAGGCAGAGCGAGGUGGGACGCAGGUAACAGCAGACCGCCAAGGUGGCGCACGCUAAACAGGAAGAUAGAUUUCUUCGUCUUUUUCUCCUGUUUCUUUUUCUUUUGGUCAAUGGAUAUAGGAUUCUUUUGGGCUCUUUUUGGUUUCCUCUUACCCUGUCCUCCCUCACCAAAGACUGCCUGUUUUUAGACAUUUGAGGAAUUUAUCAAACAAUUUCUAUUUAUGAACAGAAAAAAAAAACUUAAAACAAAGGAAGAUUCAGGGGAGUGGAAUCCCAACUGCCUUUAAUCGUGACAAAAUGAUGGUAUUUUAUUAAUGUUCCAGGUGGAGUUUCUAAAGUGGCACAAAACAUUUUUUUCUGCUGUGGCUUAGCUUUCUAUAUGGAAGUAUGCUGUUUAUUUAUUUAUUUACUUACUUUAUUUAUGUACGUAUUUAUUUAUUUAUUUAUUUAUUUAUUUAUUUAUUUAUUCGUGUAUUGCAUUCUUCGACAAAGGACGCUUGUUUCUUGACAGCUUCUUACACUGAUGGGACAUUUGAAGAUGCAAAUCAAAGCUGCAAGACGUGCAUUACUCUCUGUUUACAGGCGUCAAAGAUGGACUGAUUUCAUUUUUGGGUUGUUCAAUAGACCACCUCAAAAAUUCUAGUUUACAUUUUGUGCAAGAGAGGCCUUGUCAGUGACUCAUAUUGGUACUUACAAAGCUCUCUAGGAUAUCCAACUUUAAUUUAAAUAUGAUUGAAAUUAUUAUUGUCAUGAGUUUGAGUGUGAAUACUAUAUGCUCAGAAAAAAAAAAACCUAUAUGUAUAUAGCAAGUGCUUUAAGAAAAAGAAAGUGCUAAAAUUUUGAAUAUGUUGUCAUACAUACUGAAGUGUUAAUAUUGUUAAUCGAUAGACGCAGUUCAAGUUUUUCAAAGAAUCUUACCUGCUAUGAGACUAUCCAUCCUGGACUUCUGAAUAUAAAGGGAUACACAGAUCAUUAAAGUAACUAUGUGUCAACUUCAGAAUCAUUAGAUUCUUAUUAAUUCAAGUGUUGUCUAUAUUUUCUGUAAGCCCAAACACCUCCCCAUACCACAUUAAAGGAGAAUCACAGAGUACACCGCGUCGGUAUGAAAAAUCAAAAACUAAAUGAAAAAAACGGUACUAUCUAGCAUGAGUUGCUGCAGCCGACAACUAGAGCUGCUGGCAGCUACAGUGCUACACUCUGGGUGUGUUUUUUUCCGUACUUACAGACCUUGAGAAACAGAGAUUUAUGUGAAAAUCGCCUGAAUUCUCCUUUAAGGCCCUUAAAGUGGCGUUAAGACUGACACACUUCUUUCAACUCCAAUUGCUCAAAUUCAGUUGUUCCCCUAUGACUGACCAUUGCAACAGCCUCGAGUUUAUAAAAGCGAGGUGCAAGCAGAAAAAAAUUGAGGCUUCUAAAAAGGCGAGGCACUCAAAGUUAUGAAUCAAAAAACUUAACUAGGUCAGGAAGCUAGCGAUUUAGCUCAAUAUAACGUAUUAUAGCGACAACGUGUAGGCUACACAAUCAACUUAACCUCACAUGUUUUUAACACGCACUCACUCACUACUUUAGAAUACUCAUGUUCUGGAGGUGAUAAAAGCGUGUCAGUGAGACUGCAGCCUAACCUCUCCUGCAUUGUCAAAUGGUUCAGCAUGAAGUCUUUGUACUGUACAUUUACAAUACAAUAAGAUGACUCACAAAUAAUCAUGGUCGUUACACUAAAGUUCCUUUUUAACUGUUAGUGAGAUCUCAAAACAUUUUGUAAUAACUAAUGUUUGUAGCAAAAAAGGUAGCAAUGUAUUCAGGUUAUGUACAUUUUAUCAAUACAUUUAUUUUUAUUAUUUAUAAUGCAUUAUUAAUUACAUUAAUUAUAGCAGAUCUGACCAUAGGUUGAUAAGAGAUGUUCUGGAGUGCUUCGAAAAAUAAGUUUUAAUAGUCAGAAAAAAUAAAAUAGUGAAAACUAGAAGUGUUGGGAUGGACGUGUGCUUGCUACAGCUCUGGUCCACAAUUUUCCCAGCAUCUAAAUAGUGAUUGGAUUUGACAUUCUCUCCACUCCACAAAUUGCUCAGCUCCCUGUGUGUCUCAUAGUGAAUCUCCCCCAUUCUCAAGUGAAGGUCUGCUGUCUUAUGUAGCUGACAGCAGUUAGCCGGCGGCCUCGAUUUCAUUAUCAUUCUCGUGUCAUAAAGAAACUGAAACAGAAGCUAGUCGAGACACGUACAUCUCCUCUGCAUCUUCGUGGAGGUGCCACAUCACAAGACGAGACCCGUCGCAGACAUCUCUCAAGAAGUGGGAGAUGACAGACAUGUUCAAAUUUCUGCCCAAUUAAGAAAUGCAUUCGGACAAAGUGCCCACAUGGACUGCAAUGUCAAACUCCAGGAGUCCAU